ACCCUCGCCGCCACACACGCACGAGUCGUAGCAACCUAACCCUUAGCAAUAUUUCCUCCACACCCACAGCCGUGGCGGCGGCGGCCACCCACCAGGACGAGCUCGCCCAAGCUGAGAGCUUUCCCCCGCGUGGCCUGUGGUUGCCGACAGGAUCCUCACUCCAAGGUGGGCCGCGAGGAUGCCUCCCUACCCCGGCGACCCCCCGACCCCGGCGGCUCCUACGACUAUCACCCUUCCCCCUGGAUCCGGCCAAUGCGCCCUCCAUCGGCACCCUGCUCGCUCGCGUCGGAGUUGGGUACAAAGGCGACGGCGGCCUCGGUUGGUGGCCGUCCCGAUCUGCAGCAUCGGCUGCUCGGAGCUCCUGCUGGUGGGGUCCUCCGAGUGCAGCUCCUUCCACAGCGCCGUCCCGAUCUGCAGCGCCAUCCCGAGUUGCUCGCCCCCAAGCGACCUCGACGCCGUCGCGUCGGCCUUGGCCUCCAACGGUUCUUGUUCCUCUGGUUUGCUUCAUGUCCUUGAGCAACUGCAUCAACAGCGGGAUCAACAAGGUGUACGUCCUCACCCAGUUCAACUUGGCCUCCCUCAACCGGCACCUCUCCAGGGCCUACAGUUUUGGCAAUGGCGUCGGCUUCGGAGACGGUUUCGUCGAGGUGUGAAACUCUGGAAUUCAGACUGCAUGCAUUUUGUUCAGAACUUUUCAAGUUUGAUACCAAUCCCGGUUCUCUUUGGGGUGAGAUCAAUGCUAUCAUGGCCCUGCACUUUGGGCAUGAAGGGUGGGACCAAGGUGAAGGUGUAUGAUCUGAUGGCAUUAUGAUGAGUUUCUUUUUUCUCAGGAUGUUUCUGUAAAACGCGGCUCUAGCUGGCCCCAACCUUGUAAUAUUGCUUAA